CGCACUUGCACGGCAAAUCUGCGUGAUUCUGCCUGUCUGUUGACAUACCUACAAAGUGAACCUACUAAAUCAUCUUCUACUGCACCGCUACUGUAAUUUGCAAACCCUCAAUCAAGGAACCUGACGCGUAUUUUGAUUACUCGCCGCUCCGCCGCGGCGCGUGCGCACAGCACGUGACAGCGCUGUAAAAUUAAAUUUUAAACAACCGCAACAAAUGAGAUGGGAUGGUGAUAGCCUGAUGUGUCAAUACGUCAUCAGGGAUAGAGGAAUUCCCUUCCCUUGAAUUGUCAACGCAAUUUAUUUAUGUAGCUUCACCAUGAAGAGCUGGCUAGAAGCGACUGGUAUGGAGGACUCUCUGCCCUGCAUGCUGGCGGAACCCAGAGAAGCAUUGCUGCCCAUCACUGGCAGAGAGAACCUGGCACCAAGGAAACGAGAAAGAACUCUCGAGCCCUGCGCCCUAUCAGAAGAAGCGUACCUCUCCAGCGGGCCAGGGUCGCCCUGUGCCGGUCUAUCCAGGGAAGAACGCAGGAGACGGCGACGAGCUACCCUGAAGUACCGCACCGCCCACGCCACCAGAGAACGGAUCAGGGUAGAAGCCUUCAAUGCAGCUUUUGCAGCUCUUAGGAGACUGUUGCCGACUCUGCCUCCAGAUAAGAAACUGUCCAAGAUAGAGAUCUUGAGGCUGGCUAUUUGUUACAUUGCGUACUUGAACCAUGUGCUGGAGGCUUGAGUAUUAUUGUGGUAGAGUCACAUGAUCUUAUUCUUGAACAUUUUGCGAGGUUUAUAAUACUUUUUUUUACUUUCCAGACAGUCAAACAUCAUUGUGAAUGGGUCAAAGCUUGUAUCUAAAAAUCAUUCACUAACACUAAACAUUUAAACUUAUAGUUCCAAAAUACUGGACUGUCCUGUCGAUGACAUUGACAGUGGGGCGCC